AUGAAGCUGAACGAGCGGAGCGUGGCCCACUAUGCCACAUGCGACUCGCCCGCCGACCAUGCUGGCUUCCUCCGCAAGCGGGUGGAGCGACACCACCACCAUGCCCACCACCACCACGCCACCUCCUACCAGCGCCGCUGGUUCGUCCUCAAGGGCAACCUCCUCUUCUACUUCGAGGAGCGGGAGAGCCGGGAGCCCAUGGGGCUGGUGGUGCUGGAGGGCUGCACCGUGGAGCUGUGCGAGGCCACCGAGGAGUUCGCCUUUGCUAUCCGCUUCGAUGACGCCGGUGCCAGGGCUUACGUGCUGGUGGCCGAUGGGCAGGCUGCCAUGGAGGCCUGGGUAAAGGCGCUCUCGCGGGCCAGCUUCGACUACAUGCGGCUGGUGGUGAGGGAGCUGGAGAAGCAGCUGGAGGAGGCCUGCAAGAGCUUGGCCGCUUGUCGCAAUUCUCCGCGGAGGUCCUCCUCCAUCAGGAAGAGGCACCUCUCCAACCCCGCCUUGCUGCCUCUCCAGGAGAAGCCCGCCGUCCUGGCGAACGGUUACUCCACAUACUCAACCCCCCCGCCCCUGCCUCCACGCCGGCGCUCGGCUGCCAGCAGCGCUGCGGGGUCCCCAGCGCCCGGCCUUUCGCCGGCCAUGCCGGAAAGCCCGGUGUCACCGGAGACGGCCUGCUUCUCCAAGCUGCACAGCUGGUACGGGCAGGAGAUUGCGGCGCUGAGACAGGAAUGGCAGGAGAGGCAGAAGAGGGGACACCCGUGA